AUGUCACCACAACAGCAACAAGAACAAACUCCCUCUAUUCGCAUAGUUCCACACAUUGAAGGUCCUCGUUCGCUACAUUUUGAUAUUAUUGAACGAGAAGUACCCGAAAGCUCAAUCAUAAAGAUUGGUAGAUUCACCGACAAGGCACACGUCCCUAAUAGAGUCACAUUUAAGAGUAAAGUAGUGUCUAGAGGUCACGCGGAAAUUUGGUGUGAAAAUGGAAAGUUUUUCAUCAGAGAUACGAAAUCUUCGUCUGGAACUUUUUUAAACCACGUUAGAUUAUCGUCACCAAGUCAAGAAAGUAAGCCACAUCCAUUAAAAGAUGGGGAUGUGGUCCAACUCGGCGUAGAUUACCAGGGUGGAACUGAAGAGAUUUAUCGUUGUGUAAAAAUGCGCAUUGAAUUAAAUCGUUCUUGGCAACGAAAGAUCAAUCAUUUCAAUCUUAAUGCUCUAAAACAAGUGAAACAAUUAACUGGUCCGGAUGCAUUCAAACAUCAAACCACAGACUGUUGUAUCUGUCUAUGCGGCAUCGGUCCUUUUCAAGCGUUAUUUCUUGCGCCGUGCUCUCACGUAUUUCACUAUAAAUGCAUACGACCGAUUCUUGUUAGUCAUCAUCCGGGAUUUUUGUGUCCAUUAUGUAGAAGUUUUGCUGACCUUGAGGCAAAUAUUGAAAAUCAGGUUGAUUGGGAACAAUUGUUGGCUGAAGAAGAAUCGGCUGCAAAAAAAGAUGGUAACGUUACAUCCACCGCCGGUGGUGCAUCUUCUGUAACAGCAACCUGUGGUGCUGCUGUUUCAACUACUUCCGAAAGAGCCAUUCUUCAUCAAAUCGACGAUCAAAAUUCGGCGGUUGCUAAUCAGACUUUUAAUAGACAAGAAAAUGAUAACACCAAUAACAUCUCGGAAGCGUCACCCAUUCCUAUCGUUAAUGAUAAUAGCGGUGUACAGAACAAUAUUACUGUUAUUAGUAAUACAACUACUAGUUCACCAACCAAUGGAACAUCAACUAACACGAAUAAUAAUGCAACAACCACUACUAAUCUAUCUACUCAGUUAGACAAAAUUCAAAUAAAUGGUCGUUUGCUCACGGCACAAGAAAAAGAAGUGCUUUUCAGUGCUUUAAAUCGUAUACCCUCAUUGACUUCGCCUACAGCAUCCACAUCGUCCACAUCAUUGACAAUUCCUAUACCAAAAAAUAAUAGAAAAACUGGUAAUGGACAUGAAGAGAACGACGAAAAUGGAAUGUUAAGUCGUACUUUGCCAUCAAGCCCCCCACAAAUACUUAAUACCGCGGGAAUAGGAACAUUCGAAGAUAAUGAUAGUAAUGGCGGUGAAAGUGGAUCUUCUAUCAAGCCAAAACUACCAAGAACUCGAGACAGAGCGGAAACGUUAAAUGAGAUUGUAGAAGAAGAGGAAGAAGGAUCAAUGAGUUCAUCGUCAUCAGGACCAUCAGAACGACGUACACGCGAGAAACAUCCAUAUUCAGCACAAGAUGUGGGAAUAUCGUCUGCCAGUGCUAGCGAUAAUGAUGAAGAUGGGCUUCAUAUAAGCGUACGGUUUUGCGGUAACGAUGGGGAUAACGCAUAUUCGUUUAUAACGUCAGAAAAUGGACAGGAGAAUGGUUUUGUUCAAGUGACUACCUGGACCCUCGCUUUGUCAGAUUUAAAUAUCCUGUCUGUUUAUUUGGACUUUAAUGACGGAUAG